AUGUCUCUUUAUCAUGAGGCAGCAGAGAUCCUGACGGGCUCAUCGUUUGAAGGCGGUAGUCUCAAGUCGCGUGUUUUCAAGAAGAAAAAUCUCAAAUCUGCACCAAAUCAAGUUUACGCCUUGGUGUUAGAGAGCUGCAAAUGGAGUCUCAUUCUGAAAGAAGUGAUUGAGAGAUCAGAGCUCCUGAAACUUGAGCGCAAGCUGACUCCGACAUUGUCAUUACUUCUUGUACAUGACCUCUUGUUGGCCAAGAAGGGAAUUGCUCUUCCACAAGGCCAUGGACUUCGUGCAUCAAUUGAGAGGCAUAAAGGACGCAUAAGCUCAGAGUUCAAGCUUGCACGGCUUCGGAGAAAGAUGCCAACACUCGAAGCUUUGAAAGAGCAAGUUGAGAGACAAUGCGCUGGCGAAGAAGCGAAUUACCCUCGUUGGGUUCGUGUCAAUGCUGUAAAGAGUACACUCGAAGAACAGUUGGAAACGACUUUCUCCAAGUACACUAGAGCCACAUCCAUCAAGGAGGUUGUCACGAACGCUGGAAGACUCAUAUACGUUGACCCACAUGUGCCAAACCUUCUGGCCAUCACUGCAGGAAUCGAUCUCACAAAAACAGAGGCGUACACAACUGGCAAAAUCAUUCUACAAGAUAAAGCCUCUUGCUUCCCUGCUUAUCUCUUAGACCCCAGAGUAGAGGAUGGCGACCUGAUCGACGCAUGCUCUGCUCCUGGCAAUAAGACAACUCACUUGGCAGCAAUCCUCAAAGAACACAGACCCGAGUCCAAUGCACCAGAGCAAACAAUCUAUGCAUUUGAAAAAGAUUCUCGACGAGCACAAACUCUGGAAAAAAUGGUCAAAAUUGCAGGUUCGAAGCCUGUGACAAAAAUUGGAUUUGGUCAAGAUUUCCUGCAGGUCGACCCCAUAGCGGAGAAGUACAAGUCAGUCGGAGCUUUGCUAUUGGAUCCAAGUUGCUCAGGAAGUGGUAUUGUCGGACGGGAUUCGAUGCCGGACCUUCACCUGCCAGAAGGUAUCAGCAGCACGGGAAAGGGUCCAGCAGCAAAGCAAAACAGCCGCAAGAGGAAACAUGAGCAGGCAGAGGCGUCUGAGGACAGGAUCAUGAUAGACGAUGACGGUAACGAGACCGCCAUCAAGUCGGAGAAGGACCUAGAAGCACGCUUGGAGGCGCUGUCUUCUUUCCAACUGACGCUUCUAUUACACGCCUUCAAAUUCCCAGCAGCAAAACGAAUUACAUACUCUACUUGUUCAAUUCACAUGCAAGAAAACGAGCGUGUUGUCGUGAGAGCUCUUGAAUCUGACAUUGCGAAGGAAAAGGGUUGGCGCAUUCUUUUGCGGAAAGAUCAAGUUUCUGGUUUGAGAGAAUGGCCCGUUCGAGGACUACCUGAAGCCAGUGGGGGCGAUGAAGAAAUAGCAGAAGCUUGCAUUCGCUCUUAUAAGGACGACGGGCAAGGUGUUAUGGGAUUUUUUGUGGCUGGUUUUGUGAGGCCCGAUGUACAGAAUUUCGAGACUACCGGCAACGAGGGUCCUUACCUGCGAGACGACAGCGGUGCGAUCAUCCGUGACAUGCUCGGUAUGCCAGUCUUGAAAACGACUGGUGAGCAUGUCUCACUAACCGCAAGAGAUGAUGACAGUGGCGAUAGGAACCACCAAGAGGAAGAGGAUGAAGAUAAAGAUUCAGAAAGCGAGAGUACAAGCAGUGCUGCAGCACAUGGCCUUAAUGCUCGACAGAUCGCCUUCGAUGCAAGUCAAGGAACUGACACAGACGAAGAUGAGUGGGAAGGUCUUGCAGAUUAA